GCAAAGUUCUUUUCCCGAGUGUGUUUCACUUAUUUACACGUGUUUGAAAUGGCCCCGACUAAAGAAAAGGCCGCCGCGGCUCCGAAGGGCGAGAAAAAGGUCAAAAAGAUGCACAAAUUUAAGAAUGCUCUGCUGGCCGAUGGAGUGCGUCGUUUUGCAAAGGGCAAACAGUUGCAGCGUAAGAAAAUGUACUCUUUGAAGAGUCUGAAGAAAGUGCGUACCGAGAAACCCAAAGUCGCCAUUACUAUUGUGAAGAAGAUCGGCGGAGCUAAAAACGGUGGUGAGCGUAAAGUUUUAGUGAAGAAAAACAAGGGCUAUCUGCCAACCAAGAGCAUCGUUCGCAAGCGUACCGGAAAGCGCUGUUUCCGCAACCACAAGCGCAACACCCGUAAAUCACUGACGAAGGGAAAGGUGCUGAUUCUGCUGGCCGGUCGCCAUAAGGGAAAGCGUGUUGUCCUGCUGAAGGUCCUGAAGUCGGGACUGUUGUUGGUCAACGGUCCAUUCGCCCUGAACUGCUGUCCACUGCGUCGCAUCUCGCAGAACUACGUGAUUGCAACCAAGACCCGGGUGAAUUUGAAAAACUUCAAGGUGCCGAAACACAUCAACGAUACCUACUUCCGUAGAGUGGUGAAAAAGAAGAACACCCGUGCCGAACGAGACAUUUUCGCCGAGAAGGUAGAGAAAUACGUUCCAUCAGAGCAGCGCAAAACGGACCAGAAGACCGUUGAUGAGGCACUCCUGAAGGCUAUCAAGGCCCACCCGGAAGCCAACGUAGUGAAGCGCUAUCUGAAGUCGAUGUUUUCGCUCCGGACAAAUCAGUUUCCGCAUCGUAUGCAGUUCUAAGGCGCUUUGUUUAUUUAGGGAUUAAUUGAAAGCUGCCAACAGUCAAUACAGUUGGAUUCUAUAUCGUUUGAGGAAAUACAUUUAAAGAAACUAUCUUUAAAGUAAAACAA